AUGUCCCGGCGCUUAGCUUGCCGGUUUCCUCGUGACAGUGGUGGUGGCCCGGUGAUAACGUCGCCAAAUUAUCACCCCGGGGAUAUCGAACUACCCGUAUUCACCUGUCAAGCGCACGUGUUCACCAUAAAUCCACAAACAAAAAAAUCCUGGAUCCCGUCCAGUUCGAAAGCGGUGGAUGUGAAUUUUUUCUAUGACUCAAACAAACAUUGUUAUCGUAUUAUCAGUGUGGAAGACUCGCCCACCGGAAAAAAGGUGAUUAUCAAUAGCACUCUGACCGAGAAGAUGACGUUCAAAAAAACUUCCCAAAAAUUCGGUCAGUGGGCAGACUCAAAGACCGGUGGAGUGCACGGACUCGGGUUCAAUUCCGAGGCUGAACUAACCGAGGUGAGCAUUGUCCCCCUCUCCCACCAUCAAGUAGACACACACACACACACCCCGCGUUAG